AUGGAAGAACCAGAGGACAAGGUUCAAUGUGCAAAGUGCGACCGGCCACUAGAUAUACCCGUGGAUUGUUUGUACAAGGCAGUUUUUUGCGAAGGAUGCUUCAUCAAGCAUUUAGAGCAAAAACGGAAGCUGAAAGAGCCUGAGGGAGGACACGGGCGGCCGCCACCGCCUCCGCCACCAUCUCAGGAAGAUAUUAUUUGGGGACAAGCCGCGGCAACGUAUCCUGGAGCAGAUCCUUCCCAUCUUUUCCUUGAAGACGAGCAGACAAAAUGGUUUGGAUUCCGGAACCAGUCACAGAUCUCUGGCGACGCCACAGAGCCCGGUUUUACUGAACCCGGUUCUACCGGACCACAAUAUCUCAUAGAGACACCAAGACUAAAAAAUCUUAUAGCGUAA